AGUGCGAGGACAUCAAAGACACAGUGCCUGUGCGUGAUCGCGUUGAUCUGGAUCGCUGGUCUGGCACUUAGUUCGCCCAUGGCGUAUGCACAACGGGUGGUUUUUGUGUCUGAAGACUGGCCAUUUUGCCUUAACGUCAACUUAUCAAACAACGUGAUGCUCGUUUAUAGGGCGCUACUGGUGGUUGUGCAGUACGUCAUACCACUGUCGAUCAUGACGUGGGCCUAUUCCGGGAUAGGAUUCGCCCUGUGGGGUUCAUCGGCUCCUGGAAACGCACAGUCACAGAGAGACUUGAAUCUGAUGAGAAAUAAAAAGCGGGUCAUAAAAAUGCUUAUCAUCGUCGUUGCACUAUUCACAUUGUGCUGGUUGCCUCUGCAAACGUACAAUAUAUUGCAACACAUAUUUCCUCAAAUAAACGAGUAUCCUUAUAUCAACAUAAUUUGGUUCUGUUUCGAUUGGUUUGCCAUGAGCAAUAGCUGUUACAAUCCAUUUAUUUAUUCCAUAUACAACGAGAAAUUCAAACAAGAGUUCAAAAUGCGGUUAGACUUCAUGGCAGGAAAGAGACGGCUGACCAGAGAUCUGAGUGCCUUUUCCAGUGGCCGUUUCGAGUGGCGCACCAAUCACGUGAACACUCACGAACGAAACUUAAAGCACAGUUCGAUCGUCACCAACGACACGCCACUGAUACUCACACCCGACGCGUGAUUGACCGACCGAAGGACCGUGGCUUUGUGAGACGCUAUCAAUUUAAUAUUUACUCCAGUGUAAUUGUUAUUUUUGCGGUGUCGAUGUAAAAUAAGUUUUUUGAUUGUUCCCCACGCACAAUGAUAUAAUGAAAUAUAAUAUGUCUUGGCUGGAAGUACCGAGACCAUAUCGUUCACGUUUUAGAAAACAGAUCCCCCGUGACGUUAUUUUUCAUCAAUUUGUUUUCUUACUCCUACUAUCAUACAUUUAUUUCUACUUUAAAUUAAAUUGUUUAACUAUUG